UUGUUGGCCAGUUGUAUUAGUACCAUACAACCUUCCACCAUGUUAUGCAUGAAAGCUUCUUCUCUUCUGCUCACUCUAAUAAUUCCUGGUUACCCUGGAAAGGACUUCCAUACAUUUAUGCAGCCAGUUUAUGAUGAGCUAAAUGAGUUGUUUGAUACUGGUAUGUCUACAUAUGAUGCAUCUCAAGAUGAGAGAUUUCAACUUUAUGCUACAGUAUUGCAUACUGUGAGUGACUACCUUGGGACAGGGCUACUGGCACGGUACAGUGUUCUAGGACAGCUGGGUUGUGUGUCCUGUGAUGAUGAAACAGGUUCAAGGCGCUUGAAACAUGGCCUCAAGCAAUGUUUCAUGCAACACCGACGAUUUCUACCUGCUAGCCAUGAGUUCCGUUAUGAUGCUAGUUCAUUUGAUGGAACCGAAGAGCAUCGGUCUAGACCUAUUUCUUAUUCUGGAGAAUCCCUUUUGGAACAGAUAAAAUCAAUUAGUGACUUUGACAAGUCUAAAACCUGGAAGGGUGUUAGUGGCCUAUAUUGUUUGUCUUACUGGAAGUAUAAUUUGCUACGACACAAUCUUGACUUUAUGCACAUAGAGAAGAAUGUGUGUGAAAAUAUAUUUGGGACACUUUUAGAAAUGGAUGGGAAAUCAAAGGACAACCUACAGGCAAGGAAAGACUUGCAGGAAAUGAACAUCAGGCCAGAUCUACAUCCACAAAAAAAGGCUAAUGGUAAGUAUUACUUGCCUCCUGCUUUGCACAACAUGUCUAAAGAGGGGAAGCAACAGUUCUUGAAAGUCCUUCGUGACAUAAAAGUUCCAGAUGGUUAUUCUAGUAACAUCUCCAGAUGUGUAAAUGUUGAUCAAUCAAAAAUUUCAGGCCUAAAAAGCCAUGACUGCCACAUACUAAUGCAACAACUUAUGCCACUUGCUUUGAGAGGUCUUCUUCCAGAUGAAGUUACAUCUGUCUUAUUUGAUCUGUGUGGAUAUUUUAGAGAACUGAAUGCAAAAGUUCUCCACAUCAAUGAACUUGAAAAGUUAGAAGAACGAAUCAUAAUGACAUUAUGUUGGAUGGAGAUGAUAUUCCCGCCUGGGUUUUUCACUAUCAAUGUGCAUCUUGUUCUUCACUUGGCAACAGAGGCAAGAAUAGGUGGUCCUGUAUGUUAUCGGUCAAUGUAUUUUGUGGAAAGUUUGUGCAGGUACCUUGGUGUUUUGAAGUCAACUGUGAGAAAUAAAGCUCGUCCAGAGGGCAGCAUUGCAGAAUCAGUUCUGGCAAAAGAGUCUAUGCACUUUUGUUCAACAUUUCUUGAUGGUUUUCAGACCCUGUCUAAUAGGCUUUCACGAAAUGACGAGAAUGAUGAGUCAAUUGGAUGCUCUGCUAGACAUGCAUCAACUCUUUUUCCUCAUCCCGGGAAACCACUUGGAAAGCCAAGUAGUUAUGUUCUGAGAGCUUUGGCUAAACUACAAGCACAUAGAUAUGUGCUAUUCAAUUGUUCUUAUGUCGAUCCAUACCUUAGAGCUCAUGCUGAAGAGAUCAUCAAAAAAGGUACUAGACAUAGAGCCAGACAUAGAGAUGUUGAGAAAAUCCAAAAUGAGAAGUUCCAUCUAUGGUUUAGAAGUCAUAUAAUGCAGUUAGAGAGUGAGAAUGGCAUUCAUGGUGUUAAAGAUGACAUUAGAUGGCUAGCUCGUGGCCCGGUUGAAGCUGCAAAAAGGUACCGUGCUUUCAACAGUCGAGGUUUCCGUUUUAGGCCUAAACGGUUGGAUCGGGUUACACAAAAUAGUGGUGUUGUGCUAACUGCAAAAACAUCAAGUUAUGCUAGUGCAAGUGAUGGCAAGCCAGUUUUAGGUGAUGUGACUUACUAGGGGAGGAUAAUUGAUAUUAUUGAGCUAAACUACUCUGGAAAAUUUUCUGUGGUACUUUUCAAAUGUGAAUGGGUUGAUGUUAUUUCCAAAAGAGGAAUAAUGAAGGACAAGUAUGGAUACACACUUGUGAAUUUCUCACACCUGAUACAUACAGGAGAAAAUAUUGUUCAUGAACUGUACAUUUUUCCUAACCAAGCUGACCAGGUGUUAUAUGCUGAAGAUGAAGAACACCCUGGGUGGUAUGUAGUCAAUAAGAUGAAACCAAGAGAUAUAUAUGACACAGGUUGUGAUGAAUGGCAAGAUGAUGUAGAAAAUGAGCCAUUCCAUGUCACACACCUUGGAAAUAUGUUCAAUAAUUCAAAUGUAAGAUAUCAAUGGGCUAGGCCAGAUAUUGAGGGAACCACAGUGGAUGCUAGUGAUGAUGUGGAUGCUAGUGAUGAUGUAGAUGCUAGUGGAAAUCAAUUGAAUGACCAAUCUUAGUUCAUGAAGUGUAGUAUGUGACUCUUAUUGUGCAUUCGUAUUUCUUCAAUGGUUCAGGAAGGAUCACUGCAAGCCAGCUUUGCGUUCCUAUUAGGAGAGAGCAUGCAUCUCUUCAGAAACGGACACCACUAGUCCUGUAAUGAUGUCUACUGCAUCAGCACCGACAAAGAUGACACCAACGAGAUGGCUAAAUAUUGAAUGAAUGAUUUUAUCAGUGAUGAGAUGUAUUCAGAAUUUUUAUUUGAUAUGUGAUGCAACUUGUUUAGAACAAAAUUAUGGUUUCUUGAGAUAAACUUGUUUAGGCUAAUUUGUGAGAUGAACACAUGAUUAUUGUGCUUAUUACUUUGUCAUAUGCCAAUGAUUUUUUAUGCCCAGCA